UGCGGCUCGACUCGCCGGUCGCUCAGCAGGGACUCUCGUUUUUGGAUUCAUAUCUGAAUAUUAUUCGUAGGGCAGCGGAAAGCGUUUAAAGCCUCCGGAGGACCUGGAAACGCCUCAGCUGAGCGCGCAGAGGCGGACCGAGUCCACAGCAGCGCAGCGCUGUAGUUACAUUUGGACACAUUUUCUCGAGUGCGUCCUCUCCUCGAAUCCACCUGCCCGCGCGCGUCGGCAACAGGGAGCCCAUGGAGGGAUGUCGCGAUGCUGUGCACAAGGAGAACUAAAACUUUGGUGUCGACAUGCGUGAUCUUGAGCGGGAUGACCAACAUCGUGUGCCUCCUGUACGUCGGUUGGAUCACCAACUACGUGGCCAACAGCGGUCCCAAAGUUGCGGAGAGCGGCGGCGAGGCGGAGAGAAAGUUGGAGGAGGACAGUAAAGGUGAAACCCUGAGGAUUAUCGAGAGGCUGGACCGGCUGGAGAGCGUCGUCAACGAGCACAUUAAAGACACGCCCCAGAAGGAUGGGGAAGAUGCAGCAUCCUCAUCAGACACAGCCUCAGACCCCGCCUCCUCGCUGUUCAACCACUGGGGUCACGACCUUGGCCCAGAGAGCCGGAGGGUUGCCCUCAAGAAGUUCCGAUACUAUGGCUACAACGGUUACCUUAGCGACCGCAUCUCCCUUACCCGACCAAUUCCGGAUUUACGGCCAGACGGAUGCAGAAACAUCUCAUAUUCAUCAGACCUUCCCCAGCUCAGUGUCAUCUUCAUCUUUGUGAAUGAGGCCUUGUCGGUGUUGUUGCGCUCCAUCCACACAGCGGUCCAGAGGACGCCGUCCCACCUGCUGAAAGAAAUCAUACUGGUGGAUGACCACAGCAACAGCUUGGAGCUAAAGGAGCAUCUGCAGAACUUUGUGGAUGAGACCAAUGCUCAGCACGGCCCGGGGUUCAUCAAGGUGGUUCGCCACGAUAAGCAGGAAGGACUGAUCAGGUCCAGAGUGAGCGGAUGGAGGGCAGCUUCUGCUCCUGUUGUUGCUUUGUUUGACGCACAUGUGGAGUUCAACACUGGAUGGGCGGAGCCUAUUUUACAGCGAAUAAAGGAGGACCGCACCCGGGUGGUCUCGCCUUCAUUUGACAACAUCAAGUAUGACACCUUUGAGAUCGAGGAAUACCCUCUGUCUGCUCAGGGCUUCGACUGGGAGCUGUGGUGCAGAUACCUCAACCCACCAAAGUCCUGGUGGACGCAACGCAACAACACAGCACCUAUCAGGAGCCCUGCUCUGAUUGGCUGCUUUGUGGUCGACAGGAAAUACUUUGAAGAGAUUGGCCUGCUUGAUGAGGGCAUGGAAAUUUAUGGUGGAGAAAACGUGGAGCUUGGAAUCAGGGUGUGGCAGUGUGGCGGCAGUGUGGAGGUCCUCCCCUGCUCUCGGAUAGCUCACAUCGAGCGCGCCCAUAAACCCUACACAGAGAACCUGACGGCACACGUGCGUCGCAAUGCUCUGAGGGUGGCGGAGGUCUGGAUGGACCAGUACAAGAGUCAUGUCUACAUGGCCUGGAACGUCCCGCUGCAGAAGUCGGGAAUCGACAUCGGGGACGUUUCUAAGAGGAAGGCCCUGCGGUCGAGACUCCGGUGCCGACCGUUCAGCUGGUUCCUCUCUAACAUCUACCCCGAGCUGCGGUCCUACAGCGACACAGUGGCUUACGGAGUGCUGAAGAACAGCCUGAGAGACGACCUGUGUCUGGAUCAGGGUCCUGACACUGACAACGUCCCCAUCAUGUACCUGUGUCAUGGUCUGACACCUCAGCAGAAUGUGUACUACACCAGCUCCCAGCAGCUUCACCUGGGAGUGCUGAGCCCAACGAUCGACGACGACGACAACAAGUGUCUCGUGGACGUGAACAGCAAACCCAGGCUGCUGGAGUGCAGCUACGCUGCUACCAAGCACAUGAAGCUCACCUGGACAUUCACUCAGGGUGGUCCCAUCCAAAACAUUGAGUCACAGCGCUGUCUGGAGCUGGUGGAGAGCAGACAGUCAGAGUUCAGUUUCCAGCUGGCCAUUCAGGACUGCACGGGUCAGAAAUGGACCAUCACUAACAUACUGACUGUCCUGCCUCAGUGAACCCAGUGACACCUUUCAUGUGAUGGACGGGUCCAGGAAGUCAGAUCAAGUACAACUGAGGAAGGUUGCCACCUCAAACUGAAAAACUGAGCUGACCCAGACCCGGGAUGGACUGUCACAGAUGCACAUAAAAUGAAUUAGAGUCCAGUUUGAGAUGCACUAACACGCUGACUUCAGCAUCAAACUAAGAGCCCAAAAAAUGAAUUUCAGUGCUGGACCUAUUUUUAAGGAAAAGAUGUGCUUCAAUCAGACACGGACCAUCAGUAACUUAAUAACCAUUUUAUACCAAUGACCUGCGAGAAGAGACACUCACAGAUGGAGCCGGAGCUCUUAACACUCCCCACUCUGCCAUGGAAAUGAGAAAUAUAGCUACUUGUUCCAGAAGACAGGCUCAUGAAAUCAUGUAAGCAGUCUGGUUAUUGCAGGAGCAGGUCUGUGUUGUAUUCUGGCUCUCAGUUGGUAGUUUAAGAUCAGGCCUGAGCUGCCACAGUCUCAUCGCCCAUAACAAAUUGAGUGAGUGUAUCCAAUAUGUUUGUGUGCAGAUGGAUGGAUGUAAGGUGAGUGACUGUACCAGAAAAUAUAAAGCAAAGAGGCUGCUGUGUUACUGACAUUUGAUUUUUAGGACAGGUUUUGAAUCAUUACUGCAGGCAGCACAGGUGCUGUAUUUCCUGAGUGUCUCUGAAAAGGAGACGGUCUAAUGAAGAAUAACCAUGUAGUGAUUGAAACUGGCACUGUGAUAGAAACAGCAUCACUCAGAGGUUUCAGAGUGGGCUUUCAGAUUAAUCGCUUUAGAAGCAAAAGCACCUAUCAUCGUGGCAUUUAUGUGAACUUAGAUUCAUCCAGGAAAGAAGAUUUUAGAUUUCUCUUGUGCCGCCUGGGCAAAGGAGUGGGAGUGAUGUGGAUCCUGUUUGUGUAGGAGAGGAUGGAGCGCCUCAGUCCCAGGCAUCGGACCACCACGACCUGGAGCAGUGACCACUGCUAAUUUCAUCACAUGGAGGAAACACCAACUAACUCUCAAAUGUCCUCAGAAUUUAAAUUUUCAGGUUUGAUUUGCUAAUCCAGUGUUCACUUAUAUUUUCUAUUAAAAUCCAAAAUGAUGUCUCGAGGCCCGUUCACUGCCAGAAACAAUAAUCCCUUUGAAUCAAAAUGUGUCCUGAUAGUCUGAUAGUCUAAAUACAGUCAGAAUAACCAUGAAAAUACUGCCUGGAUUUACUGAAGAGACGCAGUGGAAGGAGUUUAAUGUUUAAACAAUCCUGUUUUAGUUUAGUUUUAGAUAGUUUUUAUCUAAAAAGUGUUUAGAGCUCAGCUACACAUGUUCCUGGUUCUGCUAUUCUAGUGUAACUCUGCAGAUUUAAUGGGGGGCUUCAGACUGGGGGGUAGACCCAUGCAGGUCAGCCCUUCUCUGGGUAAACGGUCUGUUUCCUCUGAGCUCUGAUUCGUGGCUGCUCGGCUCCGCCUCGUCCCGCUCAGGGUCUGAGUCUUUAUCCUCACCCUGGUCUGAAAUUUAGUCAUCAUGGAAAUGAACUGGGAAUGAGCUCAGACUGGUAGAUCUAUGGGAGAUUAUGACCCGCUCUCAUCAACAGUUUAUUGUGAUUGAUCUGAUUGACUUUAGCAUAAAAUCUAAAGGAUCCCCUCCAACAUGUGUGACAAGUGUAAUCGCACACUAAAACCCGAGAACAGCAGCGCAGCAGACGUGUCCUCAGUGUCGCCGCCUGCUUUUAAAGAGCUGCGUCUUAUAGCAGAGAGGCACUGAUCCAUAAAGGUGACUGCUGAGGUCAGCUCGGGUCUCAGUCACACCUAAACCGAGGACUUCCUGAGGUGACCGAACCCGUGGAUAAAUGUUCUGGAGAAUCAGAUCUCUCUGCUCAUGAAAACUGACUUACAGUACGUAAGUUUAUCACAGCAUGCCGGCAGUACUCCCACACAGCUGUCCAAAGAUAUCUAAUCAAGGAAAAUAAUUGAAAAUGCCUGUGUAGGUGUAACAUAAAUAUGCAGAACCUCAGAUAUUUAUUAUCCUAUUUCAGCAGCUUCCUCCCUUCCUUUUCAAUUUGAAAGCUUUUCACCAAGAAAGCAGCGUUCCUUCGCCGGGAUCCA